UGCGUGAGCGCGCAUGUGGGCUACAAAACUCACAAGUGUCAGACUGUUGUACAGCUCAGCUGGUCUGAAGAGGAAACGUCGCGCUCUUAUCGCAAUAUUUCAAGAAAUCUUCUUCAGAUAACAGCAGGCACCGCCGAUUUAUACCACUUUUUGAGUUUUGACGGUGGGAAUGAACUCCAACUCAACCGAUUGUGACAGGGUGUGCUGGGUUCAGUGGUGCGUGUUUGUGCCCAUUCUGGUCGCCGGUUUCCCUUUGAACCUGGCCGCUCUGUGGCAGCUCCUCUUCCGUGUUCGGCGUUGGAACGAAUCCACGGUUUACCUCGUCAACCUGAUGAUAAACGACAGCUUGCUGAUGUUCUCCCUGCCCUUUAAGAUACACGCGUACGAGAGACAGUGGACCCUGGGUCAUCCCUUCUGCUCCUGGCUGGAGAGCCUGGUCUACGUCAACAUCUACGGCAGCAUCAUGUUGAGCGUAUGCAUUGCCGUUGACCGCUACAUUGGCCUACAGUUUCCAUUCGCCGCCCGCUGUCUGCGAUCCCCACGCAAGGCAUGUCUUGUGUGUCUGGUCGUAUGGAUAGGCGUCUUUGCCAGUAGCGUUCCUAUAUACACGCUUCACGAUAGGGACAACAACAAAAGCCACUGUUUUCGGGAAUUUUCCAAUGGCACAUGGAGAAAAAGUGGGAUCGUGGUUGCUAUGGAGACGGUGUUUUGCAGCAGUGCCGUGGUGAUGGUGUUCUGUUCCGUGCGCGUGAUGCAGAUCUUGAGGGAUAUGAGGGAACGCAACCCGGGCGAUCCCAAACUGCGCAACAACAAAAGCGUAAAGAUCGUCCUCAGCAACCUGGUGGUGUUCCUCAUAUGCUUCAUCCCUUACCACAUAGCAGCGCCGAUAUACUUUAAGGCCAAGAACGAUUACAAGAAUUCACAUGACCUGUACGUCCGCCAGCUGCGCUACUUCAUUCAUAUAAGCCUUUGUAUAAGCAGUGUGAAUUGCUUGGCAGAUGGGGCAUGCUACUAUUUUAUUCUCAAGGAGAACCUGGAGUCCGCUCAGCGAGAGAGAAGAAUGGCCAUACGUGCCAGAGACACACGGAUUCGAGAACCAAAGACCCGGAAGAAAAGUGGCGAGUCAAAACUUGGAGACUUAUGUUACAGUAUGUCGAAAAACACGGAGAUGGAAAUAUGUGUGGAUACGGGUUUUACAUAAACACUUACAAAAAACCUCAGCGGGCAAAGAAACAAAUGCAAGGGUGAUUACGCCCAAGGUGACACAGCAAAGGAGGACAGAACAGGCAGUGAGAUACACAGACAUGAAUGGAAAUAGAGGGGGAUAUAGAGCAUACUGUACACACAGUGUAGACGAUAUGCAGCGUAAAUACAUCUAUAUACUGCAUAAAAGGUUGUUCCAACCAGACGUGUUUGAUAGGUUGCACAAAAAAUGUUUUACAAAACGUUUUUGUUUAAAAGCAACAACAUCUGUUUCCUCAAAGGUUCUGUAAGGAAAAUGUCUUUCUUACUUUUUUUAUAUUCUAAAGAACCUCCAAAGUAUGGGAGGCAAAUCCUGCCAAAUUUAAAUAAAUAAAUUAAACGAUGAAAAUGAAAACCAGAUUGGCAAUUUCAUUAUACACAACUGCGCGCACAAUACAGUGGCAAGAAAAAGUAUGUGAACCUUUUGGAAUCUCAUGGUUUUCGGAAUAAAUUUGUCAUAAAAUGUGGGUCAAGGGUAUUGACAAAUAAAAUUUGAAAAUAAAAUGAGAAUCAAACUUUACAUUUUAAUUUGAAUUGUGUCAGUAUUGCGUGAAUAUUAAUAAAAACCUUUGUAAAAAAAUGUUUUUGCAAUUUCUGUUUCACAUUUGCCUUAUCAUUUUCAUAUUGGCAGUCUUGCCUCGAGAUUUUAGUGAAAAUGACAUGUCAAAUCACCAAUUGCAUUUUCUUUUUCAAUUUGACAGGGACAACGCAUUGUCAGUGUAAAAAUUAAAAUGAAAAUAUAAUCAUUUUAUUUUUCAUUUUGGCACAUAUUGUGCACGCAGUUGUGUAUAAUGAAAUUGCUAAUGUGGUUUUCAUUUUCAUCGUUUAAUUUAUUUAUUUAAAUUUGGCAGGAUUUGCCUCCAAUACCAAAGACCCUUUUGUGAAACAGAAAUAUCACUUCUUCUAAGCGUAAAGCAACGUAAGUGUACGUUGACAACAAAACUAGAAAGUGCAUUUUUGAAAUGUUUCACGUAGCCUACAGAUGACAAUGUUGUCAAAACCCUGCACAUAACACAAAUAAAAAGGCUAAAUUGUGCUGUGUUAUGCAUGCCAAGCCAAUAGUUGCCAAUGUCACUCUGGUUUUUUUUUUGACGGACUAUCACUGGAUUGUUUUCAAAAACGUGCACUUGAAAGUUGAAAAGUUAGUUAGUUAGUUAGUGUUGUUGUGUAAAUGAACAGCUAAACUGCAUAAAAAGAUUCCCAUGAAAACAGUGUUGUGUAAACUGCCCUUAAAUGUCUAAUAAUGUUCCUAUGUUUGUUUAGUCUAAUGUCAAACUGACACCUGUUUAAAAGAACUAAGUGUUAUUUUAUUAUCCUUUACAGUAACUGUAUGUCACUCAAAAUCCCGUGGAAUGUGAAAGAUCUUAUAACUGGUUACUGGUAAAACUUUCUUUAGGUAAAAUACAUCUGAUCACAGGCUGUGAAGUUUAGGUUAAAAUGCUUAAAAAAAGUGGAUUUAAACUUUGCUAAAACUAAAAACUGUACUAGACUUACACGCCUGAUGCUUAAAAACCACCAUGAUGGCAGAAAGACAAAGUCAUGUGCUGUGUUAUCUGGUACUGUUUUAUCUCAUCUCAAAACAAUUUGUGCAUGACACCCUUGCUGCCAACUGUUGUUUGAACUAACAUUUUCAAUGUGCUUCUGGACCAGUGUUGUUUACGUCUUCCAAACGAUAUAUAUGAUGUGAAUAAGCCAGCUGAGGUGUCUGAAUGGCAGACAAAUUAAUUGACCAGACAACUUCAACAUCUCCAAUCAUAUAUAAGAAAUAAAUAAGAAAUAAAAUACACUGCACAUGUGUUUUAGUUUUUAACAGUACACAAAUGUUAGAACCAAGGCAGUGCUUGUACAUUUUGCAAAAAGGGGAGGGGAGGUUAAUAUUUUUGAUAAAAGAUUAUAAAUAAAAAAUGACCUGCACAGAUGAAUCAUUUAUAAUAAA